AUGAUAACAAAUAGUUUCCUUCAGUGGUUUUUCAUUUCAGAAGUGCUUUGCAUGGAUUUAUUAGAUCAAUAUGAAAUUGGGCAACAAAUCUGCAGCGCGUAUGGUCACAUGUUGAUAUUAGGAAAAUUUGUAAACGAAAGUCACUUCUUAUGCUUGAAGAAUGGAGCUAUAGACUCUUUCAUCUUGACAAAUGAAAAUGCUGCAGUGCUUCUCGAUCCCGACAUUCCAGAUGACAAGAAUAUUAUCAGAGCAUUUCCACUUAAUAACUUCAGCAUGGCUUAUGGUUUUCCCAUCGAGGAUCCGGCCACGGGUUCCGCUGAGGGAUACGUCGGUGAGGACCACGAGUUCUAUGGAGUCCUUCAUUUGGGUAAUAAGACCCUCCACGCUGAUCCAUAUGGCGCAGAUGACGUUUCUAAAGCGUUUGGUGCGUUUGAGAACGACAGUAUGCCAGCCCCCAGGAUCCGACGUUACUCACAGAUGGAUAUGAAUCUCUUUCCGUAUUUUCCAUUUAAAAUAGAGGAGCACAAGCGUUCUCCGGGCAUCGCUACUGCCAGAAUCUGCGAUUUACUGCUAUUGGCCGAUAUAGAGUAUUUCGAUAAGGACGCGAACUCAAGUCUUCGGCAUGCCGUGAUGAAAAUGAUGCACGCCAUAGCUCAGGCCGAUAUUAUAUUCAGAAAUGCUGAUUUUGAUGAAGACGGAAUGCCUGAUAAUAUAGGUUUUUCGGUUAAGUACAUCUUAGUGCUGACUUCGAACGAGACAAACAUGCGCGUGUUCGGUGAUCUGAGGACCGGACCAGCGGUGGACGGUCGCGUAUACCUGACGCGAUUCGCACGACUACGCCGGCUGUCCGAAGUGUGCCUUGGUGUCGCCUUCUCGGGGUACACGUUCCAGAACAAAACACUUGGAUUGAGCUUCACAUCGCUCGGAGGUGGCAUGGGCGGUGCCGCAGGGGGUCUAUGCGACAGACGCGCGUAUGGUCGGUCCUUCAACACGCUCGCUAUAUCGCACUGCACCGAAGAGUCUGGACGCAUUCCUGAACGAAUUGUAGCUUUGACGCUGGCUCAUGAGAUGGGCCAUAGUUUCGGCGCACAUCACGACGACAACUUCCCGAAUCCAGAAUGCCGUGGUUACCUCAUGGGCUCGCAGUCGACGGCCGGUGACGACGGAAGAAACUUUGAAUUCUCCCUCUGCAGUAAACGACUCAUAGCGUCUACUUUAAGUGGAAUGAGUUAUUGCUUGGUAGAGGAAGAUAGGCCGUUUUGUGGUAAUGGCAUAGUCGAAGACGGAGAAGCUUGCGACUGCGGUCUACCAUCUCGGUGUAGUCUGAAAGACCCGUGCUGCACGUCAAGGGCAGGAGCCGCUCUAGUAUACAAUGAAGGUGUUCUACACAAGGAAGGGUGUUCUGUAGCGCCCACUGCAUCAUGUCAUCCGUCGCAGGGUUUGUGUUGCACGCCGAAAUGUGAAUACGCAGACCUAACUGCUAGUGGGAUUAACUGCAAAACUCUAGACCAAGAGUGUGCAUGUGCGAACGUAACGACGAAUUGUCGUUGUGGUCUAGGAGGCAGAUGCCUCUCGGACGGAACAUGCCACGCUUCAGAAUGCGCUCUGUUGGGCUUGAAGGAGUGUCAGUGCUCGCCGAAAGGGAUGGGCGGAACGGUAUACAAAAGUAAGAUGUGCGGUGUAUGCUGCAAAUUACCAAGAAAAGGAGACAGACCAGAGAAAUGCAUUGGAGCGGAGCUAGCAGCACUAGAGACGCUGACCGAAACGUCUGGUUUGAUUGAGGACUGGCCUCAUGAUGAUUACAUAGGACCAAAUGUCACAAUAAGACUAUGCCACAAAGGUGCGUGCACUAAGAGAGAAUUACGCGCUUGGCCGACCGGCAGUGUUUGCGUCAGCCUCAAUGAGGUGGGUGUCUGUUCGCCGCGUGGUGUCUGCAAGAAGAGUUACUUGUUCCCGAGAUCUAACAUAUAUCCGGACGUUAUGAACAUUCAGCUGAUGGAAAAUUCGACUUCCAGAGCGUUCAUCAAAUGGAUAUAUAAAUUAUUAUUAGUCGUAUUUUGUUAUUUGCAAAUAAAGGAAUAA